ACCUUUAGACAUUCAAGAUGACUUGUGGGAAUUAUUCUUUCACUCACUGGGAAUAUGACACAACAUAUUUGAGGACCUUUUCCUCCCUGGAUUCAGUGGACGAGAUUGCCGAGAGGUUAUUUUUCUGCCAUGGAUAAAAAAAAAACACAACGCUGCUAUAAGUAGGUACAUGUGCAGUGAGCGACAGCUAGGAGAACAGUUCAGGGCACGAGCCAAAGGCGCACACACACCCAUUAGCAGAGAGCAGGACUGCAUUAUUCUACGGAUCCUCUUCUCUACGCACCUCUGGGCCAGUGACUCACACCUCUGCACCUCUUGUUGAGCCAUUAUCACCAUGGAAACCCCAAGCCAGAAACGCACCAGCCGGGGUGCCUCCUCCCCGACCCGCAUCACCAGGCUGCAGGAGAAGGAGGACAUGAUCAACCUCAAUGACCGGCUGGCCGUCUACAUCGACAAGGUGCGCUCGCUGGAGUCGGAGAACGCCGGUCUGCGAAUGCGCAUCACUGAGUCGGAUUCCUGUGUGACCCGCGAGGUGUCGGGCAUCAAGGGGGCCUACGAGGCGGAGCUGGCCGACGCCCGCAAGACCCUGGACCAGGUGGCCAAGGAGCGAGCACGCAUGCAGCUGGAGCUCAGCAAGAUCAGGGAGGAGCACAGGGACCUCAAAGCCAGGAAUGGCAAGAAGGAGUCUGACCUUGAGGCGGCUCUGAUCAGGCUGAGGGACCUGGAGGCCAUGCUGAACUCUAAAGAUGCUUCCCUCUCCACGGCCCUGGGGGAGAAGCGGGCCCUGGAGGCAGAGUUGAAGGACCUCAAGGCCCAGCUGGCCAAGGUACAAUCAUCUUUGUUAGAAUAAAAACCUUGAAUGGUU